AUGCUGCACCUGAAAGUCCAGUUUCUGGAUGACUCCCAGAAGAUCUUUGUAGUUGAUCAAAAAUCCUGUGGAAAAGGGCUGUUCAACCUCACCUGCAGCCACCUCAACCUUGUGGAGAAGGAGUACUUCGGCCUUGAGUUUCGCAGCCAGGCUGGGAACCACGUCUGGUUGGAACCACUAAAACCCAUAACAAAGCAAGUCAAAAAUCCUAAGGAGGUUCUUUUCAAAUUUAUGGUGAAAUUUUUCCCAGUGGACCCCGGCCAUCUGAAAGAAGAGCUGACCAGGUACCUCUUCACCCUCCAGAUCAAGAAGGACCUGGCACUGGGGCGGCUGCCCUGCAGUGACAAAAGCGCAGCACUGCUCGUCUCCCACCUGCUGCAGUCUGAGCUGGGUGACUUCCAGGAGGAGACAGACCAGCAACACCUGGCGACCCACAGGUACCUGCCCAACCAGGAGUACCUGGACAACAAGAUCAUGCACUAUCACCGGAGACACAGUGGGAAGACGCCGGCUGAGUCAGAUGUUCAGCUGCUGGACGUGGCCAGGAAGCUGGAGAUGUAUGGGAUUCGCCCGCACCCUGCCAGCGACGGCGAGGGGACGCAGAUCAACCUGGCUGUGACACACAUGGGGGUGCUGGUCCUGCGGGGCAAUACAAAGAUUAACACGUUCAACUGGUCCAAAAUCCGCAAACUGAGUUUCAAGAGGAAACAUUUUCUCAUCAAGCUCCAUGCAAACAUCUCUGCACUGUGCAAGGACACACUGGAGUUCACCAUGGCGAGCCGGGAUGCCUGCAAGGCUUUCUGGAAGACAUGUGUGGAGUAUCAUGCCUUCUUCAGGCUGUCAGAAGAGCCCAAGUCAAAGCCCAAAGCCCUUCUUUGCAGCAAGGGCUCCAGUUUCCGCUACAGUGGGAGGACGCAGCGGCAGCUGCUGGAGCAUGGGAGGAAGGCGAAGAUGAAGAGUCUGCCCUUCGAGAGGAAGCACUACUCAUGCCAUUACGAUGAGAGGCAGUGUCGCUCCUCCCCAGACCUCCUGACCGACGUCUCCAAGCAGGUGGAGGAGCUGUGCCUAGCCUACGGCAGCCGGGGCUCCUACCAUGCCAACGGGGUGCACACCUCCGAGCCCACGCUGGACAGCCGGCGCCGGAGCUCUGCCGUGGAGGUGACGUUUGCUGCUGAGCUGGAGCGCUCCAAACCCGAAGCGUCCCCCACCUUCCUGCCUCACUCCAAAAGCUCGUGCGCCUUCCCACUGCUCUACGCUGAGCUGGAGCUGGAGCGAGCGUGGGAGCCCACCGACCUCUUCAGCGCCAGGAACCCCUUGACCUCCUUUCGGCCACACCACCAGUUCGCUGGGAACAGUAAAAGCACCUCGGUGGGCAACAUGCGGGAGGUGACCACGCGGCCACUGGUGUACAUGGAU